AUGCAACCAGAAUUGGCUGCUCUUGAGAAAAAUGACAUUCGGGACACUGUGGAGUUGCCUAAGGGGAAGAAAUCAAUAGGGUGUAAAUGGGUGUAUAAGGUGAAGCUAAGGUGGGAUGGUAAUGUGGAAAGGUACAAAGCUCGAUUGGUUGCGAAAGGUUAUAAUCAAGUUGAGAGGGUCGAUUAUUUUGACAGGUUUUCACCUGUUGUUAAGGUUGUGACUAUAGGAACUAUUUUGGUGGUUGCUUCAACUUUCGCUAUCAAAGAUUUAGGCCCUGCUAAGUACUUUUUGGAGUUGGAAAUUGCACAUUCUAUUGCAGGAAUGACUAUCACCCAGCAUAAGUUUAUCAGAGACAUCAUCAAGGACACGGGUUUACAGUCUUCCAAUUCCACAGCAACCCCCGUUCCCAUGGGUUUGAAGUUGACAGCUUAUGAUGCUCCCACAUUGCCUAAUCCUGAACCAUAUCGCAGGCUAGUGGGACGUUUUCUCUAUCUCAGUUUCACAAAGCCAGACAUCUCCUUUGCUGCUCAGCAAUUAAGUCAAUUUGUAUACCGUCCUUGCGUUGUCCACAUGAAUGUACCUCUACAUUUGGUGCGCUAUUUGGAAAGAUGUCCAGACCUGGGGUUAUUCUUCCCUUCUUCCAGUUCUUUCACUAUCACUGCUUACCGCGAUGCUGACUGGGCUGGUUGUGUUGACUCCCGUCAUUCUUUAACUGGUUAUUGCAUUUUCUUAGAUGAGGCCUUAAUCUCUUGGAAGACCAAGAAACAGACAACCGUUGCUCGUUCCACAGUUGAGGCAGAAUAUAGGAACUUGGGGGCUACAACUUGUGAGCUCAAGUGGAUUUCAUACUUAUUGCAGGAUUUGCACGUUUCUGUCCUUCAGCCAAUUCCUCUUUACUGUGACAAUCAGGCUGCCAUGCACAUCUUUGCCAACCCCGUGUUUUAUGAAUGCACGAAACAUUUGGAGAUUGACUGCAAUUUGGUUCGAGAUCAGUACAAGGCAGGUUUUGUUCUUUCAUCUUAUAUCUCUAACAAAUCUCAAUUUGCUGACAUGUACACGAAGUUGCUCCCUCAUGCUAAGUUUGUUUAUUCGUUGUCCAAGCUGGGUUUGGUAGCCUUUCCCCAAGCCCAUCUCCAGCAACAGAGCAAGCUCAGCCUCUGUCAUCACAGCACUCUUGCCUCAGCCUCAAACUCGCUUAUUGAUGAAUGA